AUGAAUCUUCCGUCCGGGGUUCACGCGAGUGCGUACAAGGAGAAGAAAUCGAUCGCUCUUCCCAUUAUAGCGUCGUUUCUGCCAUUGUUUCUGUCGUCUUACGGUUUCUUGUUUCUUACAAACUGCAGCAGGAUCUGAGAUUUUAUUUAGAUCCCCAAGAUGGUGAAGAUGGAGCAUGAUGAUGGCAAAAAUGAGCCAGAACAUGUUAGGAAAUUGUUCAUCGGAGGCUUAGAUUAUAGAACAACAGACGAUUCACUUAAGAAACAUUUUGAGCAAUGGGGAGAAAUAGUAGAUGUGGUAGUUAUGAAAGAUCCCAAAACAAAACGGUCUAGAGGUUUUGGUUUUAUUACUUAUUCUCGUGCUCAUAUGGUGGAUGAUGCUCAGAAUGCUAGACCUCAUAGAGUAGACGGCAGAGUAGUUGAGCCUAAGAGAGCAGUACCUAGACAAGAAAUAGGUCGGCCGGAAGCUGGAGCUACUGUGAAGAAACUUUUUGUAGGUGGUUUGAAGGAUGAUCAUGAAGAGGAAGACCUUAGACAAUAUUUUCAGAGUUACGGUAGCAUAAAUUCAAUCAGCAUAGUCACUGAUAAAGAAACUGGCAAGAAACGUGGUUUUGGUUUUGUUGAGUUCGAUGAUUAUGAUCCUGUCGACAAAAUUUGUCUGCAACGUAAUCAUCAGAUUCGCGGCAAGCAUGUUGAUGUUAAAAAGGCUUUGAGUAGAGCAGAAAUGGCAUCUGCUUCUGGAGGAGGAGGUGGUGGUGGUGGAAGUAGCCGUGGUGGUCAAGGUAUAGGCAGAGGACCCCGUGGUGGUAAUCAGGGAGGUGGUAGCUGGGGAGGACGUGGCAGUGGUGGCGGUGGUGGUGACUGGAAUAAUGGUGGUAAUCAGGGUGGCUAUGGUGGAGGUAAUCAAGGAGGUUGGGGGGGUAAUGGACCUUGGGAGAAUCAGAAUCAAGGUGGAGGAUGGAAUCAGGGUGGACAGGGCGGCUACAACAGCGGUGGUAAUUGGAGCAAUGAUAAUUUCGGUGGUGGAUAUCAACAAGGUUAUGGAGGUGGUCCAGUACGCAAUAAUUUCAACUCGGGUGGCAGACCAGCACCAUAUGGUAUUAAUUCGGGUCCUAGUGGUCGUCAAUCUGGAGAUUCAAGAUGGCUACCACCUUUUAGCGGACAAGGUCCUAUGGGUGGCGGAAAUUCUGGCGGCGGUGGUGGAUAUGGUAAUCAAGGUUAUGGCGGUAAUUCUCUUGGAGGUGGAAACAUGGGUGGUGGUGGCGGUGGUGGUGGUGGGGGAGGAGGCAGUGGUAGAAGAUAUUAGAAAAACUUUUAAACAUAUCACCAAUAUUUCUUACUGAGAGCAACGUGCCUGUUGCCGCCAUUCUUCCAAAAUCGCCGAUUGAGGUAAGUUUAACUAGGUAAGGUUAACUAAUAUAUUUUAAUCAAGAAUUUUUAUGAAAACCAGAUGAUAUUAAGAGAAUCUGAAAAUCCAGAUUUCCAAAAGUUCCAAAAUCCAAAGAUUGGAAAAAUACAUGUCUCUAAUAAAAUUGACUAUGUUAUCUUCCUCUAGAAUCGGUCUUAAAAAAUUUUUAAUUUUAAUAUUAUUCAGACUCAGUUAUCUGUUGACAUUAUAUUGUUUGUAUGAUGUCAGAAGCGAAAAAUAACAUGCAACAAAUUAAUUGCUACGUGGAGCUUUAUUCUUUAGUUUUCUCUUAAAAACAAUAAUUUUAUAAUUUUGAAGCUUAUAAUUUUGAAGCGGCAGAUUGAAACAUCUUCUUAGUUAUUUUUUUGUCAGUUAUGUUUUAUGAUAAAAUCAUUGUGAUAGUUAAGAAAAAUAUAUCAUUAAUUAUUUUACACUUCUUUAAUAAUAUAAUAAUGUAAUAUCGGACAGAUGUCUCAAUUUGCUGCAUAUUUUACAAAUUUCAACAUCAUGAAGUUAUAUUUUUAAGAGAAAACUAAGACUAAGAUAAAACUUUAUAUGUAGCAAAUUAAUUUUUGCAUAUCAUUUCUUACUUCAUGCAACCAAUAUUGCAUUGAGAAAUAAGUUAUAAUUUUAGUCUUAAUAUUAAUGAUAGUCCUCAGCAAAAAA